AUGGGUUCAGAUAAAAUCUCAGUGAUAGGGUUUGAGAAUCUGGCCACUGGCUGCACCUCUCUCCGUUCCGUAAUUCUGAACGAGUUCCAGAACCUCAGUGAUGACAGGAUUAUCGCACUCACCGAGACAUGUAAAAACCUAACCUAUGUAUCUGUGCUGGGUUCUCCGUACAUCUCAGAUGAGUCUCUGAAAAAAGUGGCUGCCACCAGGAAACUGAGGAUGCUGAAGAUUGACUCCAAUCAAAAGAUCACAGAUGUCUCCUUCAAGAUGAUUGGCCGUAUGUGUCCAGAUCUGUACCACCUGUACUUAACAGAUUGUCAGAAGAUCACAGAUAUGACCCUCAAGUCCCUGUCUUCAUGUAAAAACCUCACUGUGCUCAACCUGGCAGACUGUGUCAGGAUUAGUGACAAUGGAGUGAAGAGUAUAGUGGAGUCAUCCUGUGGACCCAAACUGAAAGAGCUCAAUCUUACAAACUGUAUCAGGGUGGGAGAUAUAGCCUUGGUCCAUAUCCAUAAAAGGUGCAUGAGCCUGACCUACUUAAGUGUGUGUUUCUGUGAACAUAUCAGUGAGGCCGGGAUAGAGCUACUGGGACAGACAACCAGUCUGGUGUGUUUAGAUAUCUCUGGUUGUCACUGUGCAGACCAGGGUUUGUCAGCCUUGGGUAACAACCCCCGUUUCCGCGACGUCUGUCUCUCAGACUGUAACGGUAUCAGUGAUCUAGGACUACAGAAGUUCUCCCAGCAGUGUAAGGAUGUGGAGAGGCUGGACCUCUCCUUCUGUCAGCUGGUCACUGACGCUGCCAUCAAGAACCUGGCCUUUUGCUGUAGGAUGCUGACAGUUCUCAAUCUGGCCGGGUGUAAACUGCUAACAGACCUGAGUAUCCAGUACCUGUCAGGGGUGUGCCACUACAUGACCAACCUGGACCUCUCGGGAUGUGUGCUCAUCACAGACAAGGCUCUGAGGUAUUUAAGGAAAGGCUGCAAGAAGAUGAAGAUGUUGUUGCUGUUGUACUGCAAAGGCAUCAGCAAGCAAGCUGCACAAAAGUGCAUGCGCCAAAUUCCUUUUGUGCAAUGGAAUGAUGAUGAGGUGCCAGCUGAUUUCUGCUGAUUAUGUCUACAAUCAGACAAAGGCAUGAUUCGCCGCCUGAAGGUUAAAAAUUGGGCAUGGGUUCAGAUAAAGUAAUGGCAGAGAAACGCGUAACAUGGAUUGAGUGCCAGGUGUUGCAAAACUGACAGAAACACAUAACGCAGAUACCCC